GAAAAAGCUGGACUAACGGAGUGCGCGCGGCGUCGCCCUUUGCGUGGACUUAUUUUUCCUUCUGCAGCGGGAAGAGACUUUCUCCAGCGCCUGGAACAUUUUACACCGACAGAAGGGUAAUAUGCCACAUCAGUGAUGGAGUCCAUUACCGUGACGACGUCUGUGGUCGGACCGGAUGAGUUUGACCGCAAUGUCCCGCGGAUCUGUGGGGUGUGUGGAGACAAAGCUACCGGCUUCCACUUCAACGCCAUGACCUGCGAAGGCUGCAAAGGCUUCUUCAGGCGCAGCAUGAAGCGUAAAGCCUCCUUCACCUGCCCGUUCAACGGAAGCUGCAACAUCACCAAGGACAACCGGCGCCACUGCCAGGCCUGCCGCCUCAAACGCUGCAUCGACAUCGGCAUGAUGAAAGAAUUCAUACUGACUGAUGAGGAGGUUCAAAGGAAAAAGGAGAUGAUAAUGAAGAGGAAAGAAGAGGAGGCGGCCCGCGAGGCCAUGAGGCCGCGGCUGAACGAGGAACAGGCUCGGAUCAUCUCCUCCCUGGUAGAAGCCCACCACAAGACCUACGAUGCCUCCUAUUCGGAUUUCUCACGUUUCCGGCCUCCAGUCCGGGACGGUCCGGUGACUCGGAGCGCCAGCAGAGCCGCCUCCCUUCACUCGCUGUCCGACGCCUCCUCUGACUCAUUCAACCACUCUCCCGAGUCCGUGGACACAAAGAUGAACUUCAGCAGCCUGUUGAUGAUGUACCAGGACGGAGUUAACAGUCCGGACUCCAGCGAGGAGGACACCAAGCUCUCUAUGCUGCCCCACCUGGCCGACCUGGUGUCUUACAGCAUUCAGAAAGUCAUCGGCUUUGCAAAGAUGAUCCCAGGAUUCAGAGACCUGACGGCAGAGGACCAGAUCGCUCUGUUGAAGUCGAGCGCCAUUGAGAUCAUCAUGCUGCGCUCAAACCAGUCCUUCAGUCUGGAGGACAUGUCCUGGAGCUGCGGGGGGCCCGACUUCAAAUACUGCGUCAACGACGUGACAAAGGCCGGUCACACCCUGGAGCUGUUGGAGCCUCUGGUGAAGUUUCAAGUUGGUCUGAAGAAACUGAACCUGCAUGAAGAGGAGCAUGUGCUGCUCAUGGCCAUCUGCCUGCUGUCUCCAGACCGCCCGGGUGUCCAGGACCACGCCCGCAUCGAGCAGCUCCAGGACCGCCUGUCUGAGGCUCUGCAGGCCUACAUCCGGGUCAACCACCCAGGCGGACGCCUCCUCUACGCCAAGAUGAUCCAGAAGCUGGCGGACCUGCGCAGCCUGAACGAGGAGCACUCCAAGCAGUACCGCUCGCUGUCCUUCCAGCCGGAGCACAGCAUGCAGCUCACCCCGCUGGUGCUGGAGGUGUUCGGCAGCGAGGUGUCAUAGCAGCAGAGGAGGUGUGUGGGCUUGCUUACGACACCGUCACACACAGGAUAAUUCACCAACUCGCGCUGCCUUUUCCUCAAGAGAACUGCAGUCCUCACGAAGCCUUGGACCCGUGGGAGAACUGCCUGGGUCGCACAUGCUUUUUCAGUUUUCAGAUCCCCCUUUUUGUACCUCAAGAAGCCCAUCUCAACCGCAGCCACAACUGGACCUCCGGAUCAUCUAAUGAGACCUCAUUUAUGCUUUUGGCUCCUGCAGCUCUAGGAUCACCAAAUGUUCUUCUAACCUCUGAAAACCUGAGACUGCAUUCAAUGUACAGUUUACAGACUGGGCGACGCCGCCGCCAUCCCCUCCGUCAUCACCCGGGAAACUACGUCUGCCACGGACACGUUGGCGGAUCUCGUGCUUCUCUCAUUUACCCUCAUGACAUUUCUCCAUGGUAACGGCUAGGCGAGGACAGAAAAAAAAUGCACAUAUUUACAUCUAUUAGCCAGUAAGAACUUAGAUUACUAGAGGCGUUCGCUGGUUUAGAGUAUGUUAACAGCAAAGGCAUCCAAAUAUAUGAAACAGCAGAGGACAUGGGCAACCUCCAAUAAAUGCAUAGAAAUGCUUUGUUUAUAGGUCUUAAAUAUUCUAACAGAGUUAUGCUUCUGCCCUUUCAAUCUAUAUCUAUACAUACAUUUAUCUAUAAAACGAUGUGCAAGAAGUUGGAAUCCUGCAAAACCCAGAUAGAUGUCAGAAGCGGAGAUGUUGUCAGGAAAUGUGCAAUUUGAAGCAGCAUGGAACGGAGGUGGGAAUCAUGGGAAAAAAAACAAAAAAAAGGGGGGGGGUACCGUUGGAUGUCUCUUUGUCACAGAGGGAAUGCGAGAAAACAAGAAUGUAUGGAAAAUUUUACAUAGUUGGCAGUUCUUGUUAAAAAAAACCGCUGGUGUUUUUAUGGUACAAGUCAAAUGUUUUGACAUGCCAACGCAAGCAAAGUGAACGGAUGAAUGGGUGUGUGGCGUGAUGGUGUGGCGGCCGGGCCUGGUGGCGCCCAGGUCCGACCGUGCCACGAGGAGCAAAUAUACUUCAGAGAGUUUGGAAUCAUGUAAAGGAUCUUGAGAGCCCCCCCCUCAGUUUUGUUUGUGUCUUUGUAAGGGACACGCAGAGCGGCGGGUGGGGGCUCCUUCUAUUUUUGAUAUCUGUGUACAGUGUGCUCGACUUUUGAUGGACCACAAGGGGGUGUGCGUUCAGGCUCUGACUGAGGGUGCAGUGCAAACAAAGUGCUCGCCUGCCGGCCCCCUCACUUUGUGGAGUCUGCGGACGGACAAACAAAAAUCUCAUGCGUUGAGGAUCCGGAGUGAAUGGUUUUGCCGGAUGGAUUGCUGCUAAGACAGAGCUAGACCCAGCUGUCGCCUCAGGGAAAGUUUGUCUAACGGUUUUGUGUACUUGGUUUUUACAGUGUGUGUGGCGUACGCUUACAAUCAGGAGACACAGAUUAUUACUUUUUUUUAUUUUAUUUUAUUGUAAGCUCUAGGCAUCACUGUGAUCAUACUGAAUAACAGCAUAAGGAAGCUAAAGACGAAACAUUUAUAAACAAUUAUCACAAGACUUUUAAUUUGUUAACAUUUUUAAUGAAGACAUUUUAGGUACAGACUCUAUUUUUUUUUUAUGUUACCCCCUUUUUACAAAAUGAUUUCAGCCAAAUUAAUGUAGUUUAAUUACCGAAGGAACAGUUUUUAUUUUUAUAUUUAACAGGACGUUUUGAUGCUAAGAAUUGUCAUCACCGGUUUUUCUAUGACUUCAACACCAGCCGCAUAAGCAAGGUUUUUAUCACUACUUUAUCACUACAUAUCACGUUUCUGUUGACACGGCGCACGCCCGUCCUUCAUGCAGGCCUGGAUCACCCCCUUGUGGAGGAACUGUGUAAAUACCACUCACUAAAUCUGUACAUAGAAUGAAAUAAUAAUAAUAACAUAGGUAAAAUAUGACAAGAAGCUAAGCUGUUGUUGAAAUGAUGUUUGGAGGCUCUAUGCAAGUAGAGAGAAACUCUUACACUGAGAAUGGACGCAGGCACCGUCUGAGGAAUUUACUGAGCUGCUCCAGGAAGCACUGAUCGAGUCUGCCAGGGUCGGAGAAAUCUGUGGCUGUGACUGAAGCUCAGCCUAAUGUGCGAUCCAUCUGAGGGGGGGUGUAGGGGCAGUCGUGUUACCACGGGGGCAGCUUUUAUGUUGGUACCUGACAGCUCAGUAAGUUCUGACUAUUAAGCUUCCUGUCUGUUCAUUCCAUUUAGUGGAUAUUUUGUCCUUUUUUCUCCUAUUUCAAUCGAUAAGCUUUCUAGAAAUCCACCGUAUAUACAGAAGAUUUUUAGUUUUGAUCGGCAUCUGACUUCCUGUCUGUCUUGGUUGUUGAUUUGAAUGUCCGUCAGGGUUUCCUUGUUAGCUAGCGCUUCGCUUUCUUUGUCCAAACAGUUUGAAGAAGCAACGCUGAGCGCCAUGGACCUCUGGAGCCUUCUGCAAGUGCAUGUAAAGAAGCUUCCUGUUCUGUGUUUCCUUGGAUUUUAACUGACAAAACGUCACUUUUCUUUUUCUUUUUUUUUAUGAAGAUAGGAUGCCCAUUUGUUUUUUUUGUUUUUUUUAUAUAUUUUUUCCUUCAGCUGAAACCACCAGGAAAAAGGACACAAUCAGAUACAUCCAUCAUUUCUUUCCAGAGCUAAGGACAGACUGAACGUUUGAUCGUUCAAUGACACUGCCUCAACGGACAGACAGGAUUCAAGCUGUUGGCGAACCUUUGCUUUGGCGCGCCUCUUCAUCCGACAAGCAGCCGUUCAACCGCCGUCUCCCAUCAGCAGGAUUCUUGCUUUAAAGCUUUAAGUGGGCAGCCAGCUGUGGGGUGCACCGAGGCCCGAUGGUGGCGUGGAGAGUGAAGCGGCGCCUGUUCGCAGGCAGGAGGCGCUGUGACUGGACCUACAAGACUGUAAAGCUGUACAGAGAUCACAGGAGCUGAACGUGUUUUCAAAGUAAGCUGUCGUGAAGUGCUGAUGGGGCAGAGUGAGCAGAGACGGACUCUUCAGACCCAAAGUGUGGAACUCUUUUUCCUGUGCCUCGCUUUGAGGAAUCCACGUCCUGUGACAGUUUGUUGGUGUUCAUCCACAUUUACACGAUUUGCUUCAGAGGGAAUGCAGGACGGGGCUCCGUGGAGAGUCUGCUCGGCGCUGAGGGUUCAUGGGAGUCGCUCAUCAGUCGUUUACCUCUGCUGCUUCAAAAGUCUUAAUCCAGGGAUGCAUUUUUUUCAUCAUCAAUGUCACAUUUGAUGUGUUUCAUCAAUCAGGCUUUCGGUUUGUCAUGGCUGCAAACUGCAGCUCCUCCGCUCGUGACCCCGAGAAGCGCCGAGUUCUCUCCUCGCCGUCCUGUCAACCCAGGUCAGACGCUCCACCUCAGUAGCCUUACUUGUAAAGACCUCACUCAGCUAAAAACAUCUACCAGAUACCUCAAUAACUAGCAGGAGGACUUCUCUCAGUAGCCUUCGAAGGGAACCAAACAUCAGUACACAAACGACAGACGUACAACCACGCAGUUUUCUUCAUGCCUCAUCCGGUUUCCAGUAGAGUUCUGUUGUCGGUCGGUAAACCAGCGGAUCCCAAUGUUUCUUAGCUGUCCUGCUUUUCUCCGCCGCUCCUCGUCUUCUCCUCCGUCUGUCUCUUCAGCAGAAAUGUGCCGCUGUGCGUCGGUACUCCGAUUAACAAAAGUACUACCUCCUCUCUGCACAUACAAGUAUAUACUUCUAUUUUUGUUACCGUUGUUUUUGCAGCGCAAAGUGUUUAACAUAAAAAAACAUCUAUUUUAGUGAAAUAUCAAGCUCAGAUUUUUAUUUUAACUCUAGAUUAUCUUUUGAGCAUAGAAACUAUUUUUUUUUGUUUAUUUGCUUUUGAAUGCUGGAUGAUGGUUACCUCAAAUCUCAACCUAAACCUUCAAACACAGAAGGCGAAAACAGCUGCAGUUAUUUUUGCCCCCAAAAUAAAGACUUUCAGCCUGAAAGGAAUUAAAAUAUUUUCAACUUCCAGCAUAAAAAUGAAGAUUGUAACAGAUCAGAUUUAAAGGUUUUAGUAUUCUAUGGUCGUUUGUGAUGCUCAAAAGUUAAAACCUCAUCUUUGAAGCAUUUUUGACUUUAUUGAAAAAAGAAAUCUUUUUAUUAAAAUGUAAACACUAAUUAUCAGAGAUUUUCCUCAUUAGUGAGCUAACUUAUUGUCCCAGUUGGAAUGUGAUCUGGACUUUUUAUUAGGUUUAACAUCAGGUUUUUUUUCCUUUUGCUUUUGCCCCUCUGGCUCUGUAAGGAUUUACCCAAACAGCCCCUGAACUGCCCCACGCCUUGUUCAGACUUCAAAUAUUGCCUCCCAACCUUCCAGGACUCCUUGUGUUGGAGAUCCGUCAUGUGUUCAUCAUUUCAUCUCCGUUGGAAGAAUCUGAAUCUGCUUAAAGCUCAAAUGUGAUCAAUAAGAAAAACCUGUUGCAGCUGCUUGAAACCUCCCAAAUGGCUGAUAAUGACGCCCUUUUUGGGGGUCUUUCUCUCCACAUCAGAAAAAAAAAAAAAAAACCUAACAGGCUUGUUAGUCCUUUUUGCACAGUAUCAGGAUUUUAACUGAUUCCACCUUAGUAAAAAAAGAAAAAAGGGAGAUGAAACUUGUAAAAUUCUGUCCCCAAUACUUAAAUUACUGAUCAUUUUUCCUGGAAACAAAGGAAGUUUGAAGGUUUCUGACUGUCGGUCACCUUCGUCGGCCGUCUUUCUGGAUUUCUGUGUGGAUUCUUCUAACCAACGCUCUCCCCUGUCUGUGUCACAAGGGUCUAAAACAUUGGGAUCCAACUUUAGCUUCCGUACUUGUGUGUGUUUGGUGUUUUGUUGGCUUCACAUGCAGGCAUGUCUCUCACCACUCUGCCUUCUUUUGUUCCCAACCGACUGGUUCUGAAUCUCUGCUUCGUCAUUUUGCUUUCUGUUCACUUUUCAGACGCCAGGCCGUCAAAACGAUAUGCUGUGAAUGACACACCAGGCCUUUCAGUAGUCACUUUUGUACGAAACCACCUUAAGAGAGAUCAUGUUUUGUUUGUUGAAAAAUGAAAAAAAAAAAAAAAGUUUGAGCGUUUUCCUUCAAGGCAGGUCUCUUUAGCUCUUGAUUGCGUUUUUCUGCUACCUCUCUAAAUGUGCGCUUUCUCUAACACGCAUGCACUUAAACUGCUUUCACAGGUGAGCCCUUAGUGACACACCUGCAGGAAAAGAAAUCCCAGAACAGUCUUUCAGACAGACACACGGGUGCACCUCUUCUCUCACCAGCAGUUUGUUUUUUCUUUCUUUUUGCCAAUGAUGCACUUGUGAUUAUGUCUCUUGGAUGCUCUGCAAAAAAAAACCUAAAAAAAUAGUCUAACAAAGAUGUGUCGCCUUUGUACGUCCUCCUCUUAAACCUCUAAUCUCGGAGACAGACCUGAUCUCAGACAGGUGAUCUGAAAUAAAUGGACAUUUGUCUGGUUUGUACAGUUAGAAAAAGUUUGGUGUCUGUUUAAAAAAGAAACAUAUAAAUGCACAUAGCUGCUCAGAUCAGGUGUUACCUUGGUGUGCCUGGAACCCACAGCCUUAUUUUGGGACUAUAUCAGGGGUUUUAAAGAGAAUACAAGGCGUUUCACUCGUUUUCUGUUCACAUCCGCUCUUAGGUUUCUUCCUUUUUAACUAUCCAACAGUUGGUUUUCCUGCGUAAGAGCGCGCGUCCUCACAGGGACGUGCCGUCCGUGUUGAAGUUUUAUUUAUUCUCCUUUUUUUUUAAAGUGAAGUUCUUUAAAAUAAAUAAAUAGAUCUUAUGAAUCCCUUUGAGUUGUAGUGUUGCGGCAAAGUGUAAUUAUUAUUUAAUUGGACCUAAUUUAAGUUUGUAUUUUGUUUUUCUAAGUAAAAGUCCUAUACACUGACCUUUUUCACGUCGUUCAGUCGAGCGAAACGGAUCCGAAAGAGAAGCAAAAGGUUUGAAUCCGAUUAGUUUAAACAAGAGUCCCAGGAUAAGAAUCCUUCACACACACACACACACGCGUGCACUGCUCCGUGCGGUGCACACACCAGACUGUCGUGCUCUUUUGCAGAAAUUUGUUUACUUCAUCAAGCAGUUGUUUGUACCUUAACCAUGUCUCUGUGGUCAAAAAGAAAGACACCUGUUUCAUUUUUGAUUUUUUUUUUCUCUCUUGUGUAAUUUUAUUCCUUUGAAAAUGAUUCUUUUUGAUUAUCUGUAUUACAUGUAAAAUACUGAUAAUAUUUUGGAGAAUCACAAAUAAAACAGCUGUAUAUAAUAAUGCAAAA